AGAGUAAAAUUCCCAUACCAAGAUGGCGGGCUUGAGCUCAGUGGCCCCACUGCAGCAGCUGCCACAUGGGGUGGCGGUGUGAAGGGGACACCUCGAGCGACGUUACACUUUUUGCCCGCUGUUAAUUCAUUCAAACAUGCGCUUCCAGGCUUUCUCGCGCGUUCAGAGUCUGGUGCGUGCUGUGGGAGGACUGCUCCCGCUACGUCGCGACCUGCGGCUCUGGGCACGGCACUGCAGUCCACUCGUGCCCAUCGUCAUCGAGCAGACUGGACGUGGGGAGAGGGCUUACGACAUCUACUCGCGCUUGCUGAGGGAGAGAAUCAUCUGCGUGAUGGGCCCGAUUGACGACACGGUGGCGAGCCUCGUGGUGGCACAGCUCCUCUUCCUGCAGUCGGAGAGCAACAAGAAGCCCAUCCACAUGUACAUCAACAGCCCAGGGGGAAUGGUGACGGCCGGCCUGGCAAUCUACGACACCAUGCAAUACAUCCUCAACCCCAUCAGCACGUGGUGCGUGGGCCAGGCGGCCAGCAUGGGCUCCCUGCUGCUGGCGGCCGGGACGCACGGCAUGCGCCACUCGCUGCCCAACUCACGCCUCAUGAUCCACCAGCCCUCCGGGGGCGCGUACGGCCAAGCCACCGAUAUCGCGAUCCAGGCGGAAGAAAUCCAGAAGCUCAAGCGGCAGAUCAACGGCAUUUACGCCAAGCACACGCGGCAGCCGAUCGGCGUGCUCGAGCAAGUGAUGGAGCGCGACCGCUACAUGAGCCCCAUCGAGGCGCAGGAGUUUGGUCUGAUCGACAAGGUGCUGGUGCACCCUCCCCCCGACGGCGAGGACGAACCCCAGCUCAUCAGCAAGGAGGGCGCGGACGACAAACCCGAGCCCUGAGCCACGGCCCCAGUGCGGUGUGGCACGACCCCGCUUGAGGGGCGGCGUCGUGCGACACUGCGUUACACUGCAUCAGCACUGCGCUGAAGUGUGUCACAACGCCGCGCUGAAGUGUGCGUCACAACUCCGCACUAUUCGGUUCAUUAAUAUUCAACCCAACUUAGCAUACAAUACUUUUCUUACAAAUGUAAGCACUAAGUCACACAGCAUACAAGACUGCGAUUCAAAGCUGAAGUUAUUGGUUGCAAUUAUUGUGCAGUAUUGUUGCUUCCCAACCCCCCGCACUUACCAGCAUGGUGAAGUAUGGUCACACAACCUCCGUGGCCGACACGCGUCAGGAGGCCUACACCCAGCAGUGGCUUGAAAAGAGGCCGUGAAUUCUGAAUUGUGGUAACGCGCAGCAUUGUUCGCGAGAGCUGCCACCACUGGACCUGCACUGCAAUCCAGAGGUCACCGGUUCGAUUCCAUCUUCCGGCGUGGCAGUUAAACCAAUGAGCAAGCUUUGUUUAACCCCCCCCCACUACCCCUGUCCAAUCAGCUAAUAAACAGUUACGCCACAGUUAAGGCAAUCAGCAGGCAGCCUGUGUUGGGAUAACUCAACUUACAUUGCCAGGUAAGGCCCGACUGAUCUAUAUAUAUCUCGCUCUUUUUCAAAAGCGACCUGGCUGUCACACAUUAUAGCUCAACGAAGUGGUUCAUCACGUGGAAGUUUAUUGCAGCCAAAUACUCUUCAACGCGUGGCGGUCCCAAAUGUGGAGGGGAAAACCGAAGGACCCGGAGGAAAAAAAUCCACGCGACCGCGGACAGAGACGUGCCAGCUCCAAAUAUACCGCAGCAGGCGUCGUGGUCGGGAUCGAGCCCAGGACCACCUGUACGCCAGGUGAGGUAGUUAACAUCUCGCCACCGCGGCUCCCCUUAAUGUCGUGUGUGGGUACUCCCGCCUCGCCUCGUUGGGUCAACAUGGAAGGCUCUUCCGGCAGCAGCGGCGCGAGCAAAGCAGUUGCAGCGCUGCGCCUCUACCGUGUUGGACAAGAAGGUCCACGUGUUGCGUUGUUUCACCGUUGCGCUGCAAGGUUGCAUGAAUAAAGGUUGCGGUUUGUGUCCGUAACGUGCAGCUUUUGUUCAAAAUCAUUUAUAUUUUUCAUGUCGAAUAUGUAAUCACUGGCCCAAUGGUUGGAUGGGGUCACGGGAGAUUAACCAGGUCAGCAUGACAAGGAAUUGGUAUUAAAUAAAAAGGUUAAUUGCAAAUAUUAAUGAUUAGUAAUAAAAUUGGAUUGAUCUAGCUUUACAAAGUUAUUACACUUUUAUUGAUAAUGUAGGGUUUUAAAAAAAAAAUCUACAAUGCCCUUUGUAUGAUUGGUUUUCGACGAACAGGCCACAAUUCUCUGCCGAGAUCUCCUGCCUGGUUUCGAGUGUCCUGUUGGGUCUAGAGGCCAUCCAGGCAAGGGGGGGGCACUGUACUGUACAACUCUCGUGAUAAAAACGAGUUACAGAUUUGCAGUUUUACGCGGAACGCCGCCCCUUGCAGAAUGUGCAGAAUUAGUUGCGCCAUUUCACUUCAGCUUUGCACGACACUGAUUGCACAACAGUACAUUACAACUUCACACUGAUGAGAAGCACCUGGGAUCAUUGCAUCGCUAAAGGCAGGGGUGCUGGAACACGAUUGUGGCUUGCGACUUCACAUGGCCCACAAUCACAUGAGACCCGCUACUUAUAAACGACAUGUAAAUUAUGUUUUUUGGUAAUUGCAGGGAUCUUAGCCACACUUAUAGGGUAAUGUUUUCUGCCAUCGUUAGUGUACGCGAUAAAUUGAUUAUUUUUAAAGUAAUUGAAUAAAGCCAAGGUGUCCGUGUAUGCACCUCUGAUUAUCAAUGAUUACGUUCGGUGCGAAAGAAGUUCAACAUUUAGUAUAGUGCAAGUGUGGUUCUCAAAGUAUUUAAUACUAUAAUUCUGUUAUUCUAUUCGGUCCUCGGUAGGGAAAAUGUUCCCCACCCUUGAUGUAAGCUUUUUUGUCGGAAGGUUGCAAGUUCACAUCUUGGUUGGAGGUUGACUCAGCCCAUCUUUGCUCCACAGCCAACAACAAUAUAACAACACAAUCUUUGUGAUGUGUAUAUAAUACGGGAAGUGUGUGUCUGUGUGUACAGGAGCUCAAUGGUUCACUGGUGCAGGCCAGAAUGUGGGCUUGAACUGAUUGCGCUAUUUUAAUAAUGGUUCAUAAUGGAGUUGUAAUAAAUAAUUGCGUGGAAGCAGUGUGGAACUCAACGUCUUCGGUGGUAAUGUAGUGUAUGGUUUAAAAAGAGGGAUCAAUUGUCACGCACCGCGAUAUUGUAAAAUGGUAAAGCGGAUUCACGUGGCUAUGUCGUCAUCAAACUUGGCUCACAAAAACUUUACGUAAGUUUAUAACUCUAUCAUUGAAAUCGGCAAAGUCUAGGAGUUCUCGCACACACAAUUAUUAGGUGCAUAUUGUGCAGAUACAUAAACAUGCUAAUCGGUCGAUAUGUAUACAAAUCAUGAAAUGUGAAAAAUGUAGCAAAUGGAACUCAGAACUUUUGGUAAGCCUGCUGACAAUCACUUCUUCAAGCAAUAAAACAUGACAACAAUCCAGGACAAUUCAUUUGUAAUUAUACUGCAGGAUACAGCCAUGUUGUACGUACAGCAAAACAAUACAACACUGCAUAAUCCAGUGAGAUAACGCGUUUAAGUUAGUUUCUCUCCAAAUUUAACAUGCAGGCUUUUGCGGGCAAUAGUACGGUUAUAAUACACGUUUUGGUCAGAUCGUAAACCCUCCAAUUCAUAAAAAGUUGGUGUUUAUAACUCUUACAGGUGAGCACUAAUUGGUUGUGUUGGGUGGAGGAGGGUUGACGACACGGACGUGAUGUGACCCAAAAACCGAAUCUGAAUGCUUUACCAAAUUGUCUAACUGAAGCGCCUUUAUCAGUUCAAACGAGGUCCAUGUUCAUGGACAGCGGGGAUCGACUCAUCCUGGUCAUGGGAUCGACUCAUCCUGGUCACGGAACAGCCAUGGAAUGGAGUUUCGCUGUGAGGAUUCUCGUGAUUCCGAACGAACAGGGGGAGGGGUCGCCACCCCCUUGUCACCGUUCCCAACGCUGGACAUACCCACGAGCACAUUCGCAAACACGAGUGCGGCCACGAUGGAAAUAUAGUGCCUUUUAUUUGCACAAAUUGUAGAAACAGAGAGUUUAACUCAAACAAUGUUCCCAAAUACAACGCAAAAAAAAUGCGACGUACAGCAGGAAAAAAAAACACGUAAGGAAUACAAGGUGAAAAUAUAAUUGAGAAUAAAAACGGUAAUAGAGCAAAACAUUGAAUACAACAUUCAGAAAAUGUUUAAAUCAACCAGUGUGUGAUUGCUCGUGUCAUAAGUGGAAAUUACAAUUAAUAUUUUUUGUUUGCAGUGCCACGUAAUGUUUAAAUUUAGU